GUGAUAGUUUCGUCGGUGAAUCGAUGUCGUGCGAUCGUGUUUCAUCGAAGAUUUUCUAGGAUUUCAUAACGAAGAUGAAGAGAUACUUCUCGGCACCCUGUUUGGCGGAUGACACCGGCGACAAUAAGAAAGUGAAAACGAACGAGGAGCCAAACGCGAGAGAGUAUCUGCAAUUGGCGUUGGCCAGAGUGCUGGAGCUGCAACGAGAGAUCAAAGAAGGAACAUACACAACGGACCACACCAACGACCUCGGUGAAUCGGGCAGCGAGGAGGAUUUAACGAAGGAAGUUCUGAGGAAAGUUUUCGAGAAUCUGCCUGGAACACCCGACUCGGUUCGAACCAUCAUCGACAAAGUGUCAAAGCCGAAGGAUUCCCAGCUCGACGCGAUCUAUGGUAAAAGGAUUCAACUUUUGGGUUACGACACGUGCCGUCGAGCAGCUGUAGACUUCAUGAAAAAUGCAGUACGGGAAACGAGGAAGGAUCCCUCGUCGAAAACAUUCCCCUCGAAUUAUCCUGGAUUUCGUUUGGGUACUUAUUCCAGAAACGAGCCGAGAGUCGCUCAUCGGCGAACUGGUUUGCUGAAAAGUUCUCACAAGAAGGAAAUUGGCUCCUCUUACGAUCAGGAAAUCCGUGACAGGAUGUUGAAAAGCUUGGAUCUCCAUUUGGCUAACAAACAGAGGGAUUACACCGCGCAAUUGAUGAGAUCCGCUAUAUAGUUUUCGUAAAUCAAUUAAUCAUAAUUGCAGCGUUUAUAAUUAACCGCAACGUUGGGAUGCUCUUUUCAAUUAAUUCUAGUCAGACUUGUCAACAGUCGUACCUCUCUUAAGAAUCGCUCUAGUCAAGUACAUGAGUCACUAAGUAUUAAUAACAAGAAUAUCUAGCUGCAAAUUAUUUUUCUACAAAUACAGGUGCACCCAAGA